UCAUAUCUAAUCAUUAAUUAAGAACAAGGUUUUUAAUAACACUGAGACAUGGCUGACGAUAAUCAGAAUCAUGGAGAUGAAUCUAAUGGUCCUAUUCUAUGGGGUUUAUCAUUUGCAUUAGCUUCAGCAGUAGCUUUCAAAACUAUUGGUGCUCUAUUUCCUCGACGAAAGACUGAAGAAAAAUAUGGAGAUAAGAUAGAGAAAGUUACUCAAAUCAAUAUACCUAUUAUUAUUAAUAUGCCGUCCAAUUUAGAAGAUCAAGUGAAACUCCAGCAAAAUGCAUCUGCUGCAGAUCUUGUUGCACCUACCAACAAUGUUGCUAGUAAUAUGUUGCCUAAUUUAAGUGAUCAAGUGAAACUUUUGGUGUCCAAUUUAAGCGAUCAAGCGAAACUCGAGCUGUCACUUAAGUUAUCCAAUUUAAAUGAUCAAGUGAAACUUCAGCUGACCAAUUUACAAGAUCAAUUAGUGAAACCCCAACCCAAAAAAUCACCUAUCAACAAAGUUGCUAAUAAUAUUUCACAAAAUCAUCAAACUACUUCUCAAUCCAAGCCUGAGCCACUUGGUCCACAAGUGACAUGUGAGCAAUUGAUAGGUGGUUUAUUAAAUGAUUGCAAAAAACACCAUAGCAAUCUUCAAUGUGGCUCUUAUUCUAACAUAUAUAGGAGGUUUUGUUCUGGACCACCAGGUGCUACCAUUUCCACAAAAUAUAUUGGCUCACAACUAUUGCUUGAAUCCUUUUAUGGUUGCAUGCAAGGGGACUAUAACUCAGAUAGCAGGAAAGCUUGCAGAGAAAAAUACAGCAAACUGCUGAAAAUUUAAAUCUAAACUAUUUCUGUUUGAUUUUAUUUGUCAUGUUUUAAUUAUCGAGAGUUAAGUUUUAUCAA